GGGACUGGCCGCGAUGGGACCGGAGGCGGCGCAGACAAAGGCGCGGGCGGCGCGGGGCGCGCGGAGGGCGCGGGCCGGAGGCUGCAGCGACGACGACGCGGGGGGACAAGCAAGUAGCUCCUGUCACCCCUCUGGGUGCCCCUUAGAGGCCAUCCAGCCCAACUUGACCAAUGUCCACAGCCAGGGAACAGCCAAUCUUCAGCACCCGGGCGCACGUAUUCCAGAUCGACCCCACUACAAAGCGGAACUGGAUCCCUGCCGGCAAGCACGCACUUACCGUGUCCUAUUUCUAUGAUGCAACCCGAAAUGUGUACCGCAUCAUCAGCAUCGGGGGUGCCAAGGCCAUCAUCAACAGCACUGUCACUCCCAACAUGACCUUCACCAAAACCUCUCAGAAGUUCGGGCAAUGGGCAGACAGUCGAGCCAACACUGUCUACGGCCUAGGCUUUGCCUCUGAACAGCAGCUGACCCAGUUUGCUGAGAAGUUUCAGGAGGUGAAAGAAGCUGCCAGGCUGGCUCGAGAGAAAUCUCAAGAUGGUGGAGAAUUCACUAGUACUGGCCUGGCCCUUGCCUCCCAUCAGGUUCCUCCAAGCCCCUUGGUCAGCACCAAUGGUCCAGGAGAGGAAAAACUGUUCCGUAGCCAGAGCGCGGACACCCCUGGCCCCACCGAGCGGGAACGGUUGAAGAAGAUGCUGUCAGAAGGCUCCGUAGGGGAGGUCCAGUGGGAGGCCGAGUUCUUCGCGCUUCAGGACAGCAACCAGAGGUUGGCAGGAGCCCUUCGGGAGGCCAACGCAGCGGCCACUCAGUGGAGGCAACAACUGGAGGUCCAACGUGCAGAGGCUGAACUCUUGCGGCAGCGGGUGGCAGAGCUGGAGGCCCAGGUGGCUGUAGAGCCAGUCCGGGUAGUAGAGAAAGAAGCAACCAGCCAGUCGGUGGAGCAGCUGGAGGCUCGGGUGCAGACCAAGGACCAGGAGAUCCAGACUUUGAAGAAUCAGAGCACUGGCACCCGAGAGGCUCCAGACACUGCCGAGCGGGAAGAGACACAGCAGCAGGUUCAGGACCUGGAGACCCGCAAUGCGGAGCUUGAGCAGCAGCUGCGGGCGAUGGAGUGCAACCUGGAGGAGGCGCGGGCCGAGCGGGAGCGCGCUCGGGCAGAGGUGGGCCGGGCUGCGCAGCUGCUGGAUGUUCGGCUGUUUGAGCUCAGCGAGCUGCGUGAGGGCCUGGCACGACUGGCAGAGGCAGCACCCUAGUCUGCCCUGGAGUGUCUGCGGCCUCAAGGCGCCCUGGCAGGGGCCAGGGGACCCCAGCUGUCUCUGAGCUUUGCACUGUAUAGUUUUCUAGAAUCCUUGGGCAGUGCUUCUGCCCAGGUUACAUUUCUACGUGUGGCGUUGCUGGCACCUGCUGUCCCUGGCUGCUGCUGCCCUGCACCCCAGGACACUGCGAGGGAAGGCUGCACUAGUCAUCCCCAUGGGGCAACUGAGGCUUUGGGAUCCUGAGACCUGAAGACCCUGCACUCAUCCCACCCCAUUUUCAAGUCGGAUUGAUAGGUUCAAAGAGUGUUUACUGAAGUCAGGGGCCACCAGCACCAGGUUUACAGCUCAGUCCUGAGCCUCAGCCUGGGCUGGCUCUUGGGGCCGAGAUCUGGGAGGACGCGACCGUCGGACAGUGCUCCCUGCUUUCUGCCGCCGAAGCGUCUGCCCCACUUUCUCCUUGAAGCGUCGGUUUUGUUGCUUGAUCUUGGCCAGCUCAGCUUUUCGUUUGGCCUCCAGGUCUGGGUCCUGCAGAAGGGAGCUGAGAAUGUAACUGGGCAGCUUCCCAGGGACUGGCUCCCCCCGCCCCUACCCGUCCCCAGGCCCCACCCACCCUUACUGGCCACACUCUCACGCCUGCCCCUGCACACCCAUGCCUCCCUAUACUACCUUCCCCUCCAGGAUCAUCUGUUUCCGCUUGUUGAUCUCUUUCUUUUCAUCAAAAUGCGAAGCCUCCAGUUUCUAGGGGUGGGGAGGGGACAGGUCAGUCAGGCCCAGGGCAGGAAGCCCCGCCCCACCCGACAGGCUGGCCACACUUACUAUUUCGCACUCCCUUCGCACUACGUUGACCUGUGUGAGGAUUUGUAGGACCUCAGCCUCCUCCACCACCAGCUCUGCCAGCUGCUGCUCUGCAGGGACAGGAAAUACUGAGUUGGGCUGGGAGUGCAACCAGCCCUCUGCGCCCCCAGCUCUGGAUGUCUGGAUCCAACCAAAUGUGGACUGAUGAUAUUUAGAAAACGCAAAAUGCUGCCAAGCUUGGCAGCACAUGCUUGUCAUCACAGCACUGGGAGGUGGAGGCAGGGGGAUCACUCGUUCCAGCUGAGUUCCAGGCCAGCUCUGUAGAGCAAGAAUCUGUCUCAAAUUAAUGACUGAAUAAACAAAUGAACAAGUAAA